GUGAAACAAAAUUAAAGCUCCCCGCCUCCCUCGCCUCGCCACCUUCUCUCCUCCCUCCUCCUGCCCUGUCUCCACACCCGCAAGGCCUUCGAUCCAUGCACGACGAUCGAUCACCACCCGUGAAGCCAUGGUGAUCUCCGUCGGCACUGGCCGGCGCUCCAUACGCGACGCCGUGCUUGGCGGCGGUGUGCAGGGAGGCGGCGGCCGGCAGCUUUAUUACCGGCCGCCGCUCCGGUGUGGCUUGUACGAUGGCUCGGUCGUCGGCGGCCAGUCCGUGGACGGCCUCGCCGCCGCUCUCUCCGAGGAGGCCGCCGCCGACCCCGUCCGCAUCCCGGAUGGGGCGGCCAAGGCCAAGAACGUGCUCAUCCUGAUGAGCGACACCGGCGGCGGCCACCGCGCCUCCGCCGAGGCCCUCCGCGACGCCUUCCGCAUCGAGUUCGGCGACGCCUACCAGGUGUUGGUAAGGGAUUUGGGGAAGGAGUACGGGGGCUGGCCGCUGAACGACAUGGAGAGAUCGUACAAGUUCAUGAUCCGCCAUGUCCGCCUCUGGAAGGUGGCCUUCCACGGCACCUCCCCGCGGUGGGUGCACGGCGUGUACCUCGCCGCGCUCGCCUACCUCUACGGAAAGUACGCACGCGCGCUUCAUCGGACUGAGAUCCUCUGCAGUAGCUGCAGAGGUGAUUUCAGUCACUGCGAGGUAGUGGCGGGGCUGAUGAAGUACAAGCCGGACAUGAUCAUCAGUGUGCACCCGCUGAUGCAGCACAUCCCGCUGUGGGUUCUCAAGUGGCAGAGCCUGCAGCGCAAGGUUCCCUUCUUCACCGUCGUCACCGACCUCAACACCUGCCAUCCGACAUGGUUCCACUACGGCGUGACAAAGUGUUACUGCCCCUCCGCCGAGGUCGCGAACAGGGCCCUGCUCCGGGGCCUCCAGACCUCCCAAGUUCGCGUCUUCGGGCUGCCGGUCAGGCCCUCCUUCUGCCGUGCCGAGCUCGACAAGGACGAGAUGAGGAAAGAGCUUGAGCUGGAUCCUAACCUGCCUGCCGUCCUCCUGAUGGGAGGCGGCGAGGGCAUGGGUCCGGUGGAGGAGACAGCGAGGGCCCUCGGCGAGGAGCUCUACGAUGACGAGAGACGGCGCCCGAUUGGGCAGAUCGUGGUCAUCUGCGGCAGGAACCGGGCUCUGCGGUCCUCCCUGCAGUCCCUGACAUGGAAGGUCCCUGUCAAGAUAAGGGGGUUUGAAAAGCAGAUGGAGAAGUGGAUGGGGGCCUGCGAUUGCAUCAUCACAAAGGCUGGUCCUGGCACAAUUGCAGAAGCGUUGAUAAGGGGACUUCCAAUUAUCCUGAACGAUUUCAUCCCGGGACAGGAAGUUGGAAAUGUGCCUUAUGUCGUGGACAACGGUGCUGGUGUGUUCUUCAAGGAUCCAAGGAAAGUUGCAAACCAAGUUGCUCGAUGGUUCAGUGUAGAUGUGGAUGCGCUAAAGAGAUACUCCCGUAAUGCGCUAAAGCUAGCCCAACCUGAAGCUGUGUUCGACAUUGUCAAGGACAUCCACAAACUCCAGCAACAUUCUGCUGCGCUUACCCGGAUCCCCUACUUCUUGACCUCAUCAUUUUUGUAUCAUAUAUGAAUUCAAGAAUACUGUUACAACCAGCGGAGCUGGGCCAAGCCCAUGCCUAGGGCCAUUCGGUGGACAACAUUUGCUAGCUGAGCUGGGCCACUUAUGCUACAUUAGCUACAGUGUGGGGAAAUUGCCCAAAAGCCUAGGGCCCUAGUUGGCCCUAGGCUUAUAUCCGCCAUUGGUUAUAACUACAUAUUCUCCAUGCUGGAUAUACCUAGCAAAACUUCGAUCUGCCUUCUGAUGAAGAACCUGUAGAGGGCUGACAUUCCUUGGAGUA